AUGGCGCCCGUCGAAACCGUUGCGCUCUACGAGUCGCCUCUCUCACAAUCGUCCGAGGUCUUCGUCUCCUGCCUGCUCGUGGCUACUGCUUUCCUCUUCGUCUUCAGCCUGGUCCUCCUGUACCGACAGGCAGGGCUUUCGCAAGUGUACGCCUCCAUGUCGGAAACUCAGCAGCGAAGCCUGCUCGCCCUGGACGAGGCGGCGCGCGAGCUGCGACAACUGGACGCCGACCUGGGCGCGCGUAUCGAGUCCCUCGCGUCUCGAUCACAGUCCGGCAUUGCCGGCGUUACGGGCGCUGCGAGCGUACCCGGCGCGCCUUCGGCGUCGGCGCAGGCACAGCAGCAAUUGAGCGAGCUGCAGGGCUUGCAGCGAUUCGCGCGCGACAGAAUCGCUAGGGUCGAAAGUGGACUGGUGCCCAGGGCGCUCAUUGAGAAAUCGGCUGCAAGCACUGCUUUCUAG